AUCGUCUCUGGUGGAGUGCGACGCUUCUCGACUCGUGCUCGCGUCUUCACCAAACUGGACGGUGUGAUGUUCAUCAUGGGAAAAUUCAAGCAGGAUCUCUGUGGCCUCCAGGGCCAGGCCGACUUCUGCCUCUACCUGACUAGCCUGAUCACGGAGGCCGACUUCCAUGCGGGCUACUGGUUGACGGGAACCCUGCAACGUGGCUGUAAACGACGCAACCAAUGGGAUCUGACGCACUACGCCAUGGUUCGGCGUAGAGGCUAUUAA